CGGGCCUUUUGUGCAAACGGGAUCCUCGGUGGUUGAGGGCGGGCGUGGAGGCGUUUCAGUAGCUGGGGCUCGGCGAGCCUGCCAGAGCUGUUUAGGCUCAAGCUCGACAGGCUUCCUAGCAGUCGCGCGUCCCUUCCGCUGGGAACCUCCUUGCGCUUUCGCUCUCCUCCCGCGGCCAUGUCUGGCGUCACUUGCGACGACGAGUGCCUGAAGAAGUACGAGCAGAUCAAGAUGAAGAAGGAUUUGCGCUACAUCAUCUACACGAUGAGCGAAGAUCAGAAAACAAUCGUAGUCGACUCGGAAGGGGACAAGGAGAAGACAUUCGCGGAUUUCAAAGAUGCGUUGCCAAAGGAAGAACCGAGGUACGCCGUUGUGGAUUUCCCCUAUAAGUCCGAGGACGGCAGGGAUCAGUCGAAGCUGACCUUCGUGUUCUGGUCACCCGACACCUGCGGUGUGAAGAAAAAGAUGUUGUACGCGAGUUCCAAGGACGCCAUCAAGAAGAAGCUCACGGGCAUCAUGAAGGAGAUGCAGUGCAACGACGAGGGGGACCUUGAUGAAGACAAUUUCACAAAGAAGAUGCUCGAGAAGUAAGCAGGUUUCCCGACGCGGGAGAAGCCGUGAUGUGGGCAAAGGAUCACGGCCCCUUUUUGAGGGCAGCUGGUACACUUGGGCCAUCGUCGUUAUCAUCGACUCAAUUCGUGUAAGGCCGUGCAGAUUGGCCUGCCGGCCCUACGUGCUCCAGCAGCGAUGCUGGGAAGGUGUCCAGGGACGGAGUGGGGGCCUGGGGCGAAUAUCUAGACAGCAGGGAGUGCGCGUGGUAGCCUACGUGGACAGUUUUCCUGCUUGCAGCCUUGCUACCCGCGUUCAGUAAUCUUUCCGCCAGAGCCCGAGACUACAGCAAGGUAGAUCACAAAGACAGUUGCCACCCGCGUUAGAAAAAGCACGAGUGCCGUUUUAACUCCCACAUGGCCCGUGGUUGCACCAAUGGGGGCCAGGAGUGUGUCCACCAUACUAUGUUAUGUCCACCCACCACUUAGUGGUAAAUAGCGGCCCA